AUGGACGGAUCAAGGCCAGAAGCCGGGAGACGGCGGCAGCAGCAGGAAGAGACCCUUCUGUCGCCGCUUCUGUCGCCGCGUUUGUCGCCGAUUAGACAGCUAGCGGGCGACGGCGUCGCACGGCCGCUUCAGCGAUUCCCUCAGGUGCUUUCCCUUCGAAGCGCGAUAGCGGAGAGCGCAAAGGAGGAGGAGGAGGACCAUCCAUGGCUGGAGAAGAGUUUCCGUGGCGCCGCGAAUGGCGCCGCGAAAGGCGCAUCUGGUGACACGUCAGCAGCGGCGGAAGAGGCGGAUCCGACGGAGCUGAGCAGCGUGCCCGACGAUUGCCUGAUCCUGAUUUUCCGGAAGCUGUCCUCGGCUGAUCUGAACCGUUGCUCCCUCGUGUGCCCACGGUGGAGAGAUCUCGACGCGUCCUCUCGUACGCGCAUGGCUCUGCGCGCCUCCUUCCACCUCUCCCCCCUCCUCCCCGCGCUCCUCCUCCGCUUCUCCGCCCUCCAGCGCCUCACCCUCCGCUGCGACCACCCCCCACCCGCCCUCCUCGCGCCCGCGGGGGAAGUUGGAAGCAGCAGCGCGAGGGGGGGCGGCGGCGGAAGAGAGGGCGCGGGCGGGGCAGGCGGGGGGGGGGACUACCAGUAUUAUCACUAUCAGCAGGCGCAUCAGAUGGGGGGAGGCGGAGGCGGAGGCGGAGGGGGGGGGUAUGCGGGCGGGUAUGUGUGUGGGGGGAUGGGGAGGAAACCCAACCCGGCGAGGAGCAUAGGGGAUACGAGUCUACAGCUCAUAGCUCGCUCUCUGCCCCACCUCAAGAAGUUGGAUUUGCGCAACUGCCUCGAGGCGAGGAGGAGCAUAGGGGACACGAGUGUGCAGCUCAUAGCUCGCUCUCUGCCGCAGUUGAAGAAGCUGGAUCCGCGCAACUGCCUCGAGGUGACAGAUGCGGGGAUGGAGGCAAGAGGCAAUAGCGCACUCGUGCAGUGGCCUGCCUGCCCAAGUUUGUGUGUGGCAAUAGCGCACUUGCGCUAUGGCGGACAACUACCGGUUCAUGUGAUAACUUGCCCCCCUCCUUCCUCCCUGCCUUGCUGUGCCUGUGGGAUAUGUAUUUACCACCAGGUGACAGACGCGGGCAUGGAGGCAAUUGCGCGCUCAUGCACGGGGCUGCACAAGUUUGUGGCGGACAAUUACCGGUUCGGCGGCAAGGGCAUUGCGGCGCUGCUGCUGCACUGCACUGAGCUGAACGACCUGACUCUUGUGCACAGUGCGGGUCAGCCUCUCCCCAUGCCCGCACCCUCCACGCACCCCCUCCUGCGUGCAUUGCCAGUGCGAGUCAGCCUCUCCCCCAUGCCCGCACCCUUUUCCCUGCUUCCCUCCCUCUGUUCUUCUCUCCCUUUUCCCUGCUUCCCUCCCUCUGUUCUUCUCUCCCUUUUCCCUGCUUCCCUCCCUCUGUUCUUCUCUCCCUUUUCCCUGCUUCCCUCCCUCUGUUCUUCUCUCCCUUUCCCCUGCUUCCCUCCCUCUCCUAUGCCCAUGCCCGCACCCUCCACCACCCACCCCCUCCUGCCCGCCUCACCCCCCACCACCCUCUCCAUCCGCCGCCUCUGCCUCAAGGACCAACGGAAUGCCGCCAUGUGGCAGCCCGUCAUGGAGGCGUGUGGGGGGAGUUUGGAGACGCUCAUUCUCGGGCGCAACAUGGGCAGCUGGGACGUGGCGCUUGAGGGGCUGGUUGCACGGAACAAGACAGCGGUGUUGAGGCAGCUGCUCGUUGAGAAGACCCUCCUAUCCGACCGCGCUCUGCACGCCCUCGCCCAGUGCCCCCAUCUGGAGCUCAUGGGCAUCGUGCACUCGCCGCACUGCACCGACGAUGGCAUGGCUGCAGUGGCCGCUGGCUGCCCCCAGCUGCGGUGGGUGCACAUCGACGGGUGGGCGACGGGGCACAUUGGGGACGUUGCUCUCACGGCGAUUGCCAAGCACUGCAGCCAGCUGCAGGACCUGGUGAUAGUGGGUGGCUCCUGCACGCUGCCCUCGCUGCAGCAGCUCGCCGCCGGCUGCCCCAAUCUCGACCGCCUCACUCUCUGCUACAUGCGCUCCAUUGGCGACCAGGAAGCUUCCUGCAUCGCCACCUCCUGCCUGAAGCUCCGCCGGCUCUGCCUCCUCGCCUGCCCGAAUAUUACCGACGCCGCCGUUCUUUUCCUCGCCACGGGCUGCCCGGGCCUCGCCACGUUGAAGCUUCGCCGCUGCCCGCUGGUGACCCGGGCAGCGUUGGAAAUUUUUCCCCGCUCACUGUCCAUUCCACCUCAACCCACGCGCUCUCAGUCCCCUCAUCCCACUCGACCUGACGUUGCCUCUGUACCGCCUACUGCCUCUCUCCCAUCUGCCGCCUCUCUCCCACCUGCCGCCUCUCUCCCACCUGCCGCCUCUCUCCCACCUGCCGCCUCUCUCCCACCUGCCGCCUCUCUCCCACCUGCCGCCUCUUUACCACCAUCCUCCUCUCUACCACCUGCCGUCUCUCUCCCACCUGCCGCCUCUCUACCACCAUCCUCCUCUCUCCCACCUGCCGCGUCGUUUCCACCUUCCACCUCUCUCCCACCUGCCGAAUCUUUUCAACCGGCCCCCUCUUUCCCGCGUGCCUCAUCUGUGCAACCAGCCUCCUCUGUUCCACCUGCCGCCUCGCUGCCUCCUUCCACCUCUCUCCCACCUGUCGCAUCUUUUCCACCUUCCACCUCUCUCCCACCUGUCGCAUCUUUUCCACCUUCCACUUCUCUCCCACCUGUCGCAUCUUUUCCACCUUCCACCUCUCUCCCACCUGUCGCAUCUUUUCCACCUUCCACCUCUCUCCCACCUGUCGCAUCUUUUCCACCUUCCACCUCUCUCCCACCUGUCGCAUCUUUUCCACCUUCCACCUCUCUCCCACCUGUCGCAUCUUUUCCACCUUCCACCUCUGUCCCACCUGUCGCAUCUUUUCCACCUUCCACCUCUCUCCCACCUGUCGCAUCUUUUCCACCUUCCACCUCUCUCCCACCUGUCGCAUCUUUUCCACCUUCCACCUCUCUCCCACCUGCCACCUCUUUGCCAGUAGCCCCCUCUUUCCCGCGUGCCUCAUCUGUGCAACCUGCUUCCUCGUUUCCACCUGCCGCCUCGCUGCCUCCUGCCUCCUCUUUUCCACAUGCCUCCUCUGUGCCACAUGGCUCCUUUGCGGCUCAACCACCAGCAGCAGCAAGAGAAGCAACAAUGGGGAACGGGGGAACGAAGGGCAAAGGAAAGCUGACGUCCCUCUUUCAAGACGCUUCACUCUCGCAAGCGGUAGGAACGGCAGUGGCACUUGCGGUGGUAGUGGUGGGUGGGGUGGCAGUGGUGGUGGCAGAGGUGGGAUGGGAUGGCAGUGGUGGGAUGGUAAGGGGACCUGCUGGCCAAUCACUGACACACACAGAUGGAGAUGCGGCCUCUCGCCUCCCAUCUGCCUGUCCUUAUGCAGUGCCUCGCACCCAAUGUUCCUCUCCUGUCGUUACCAGUAGUAGAAGAGUCUAG